AUUCCACCCUCCGUUUUGACUUCUGCGAAUAGUAGAAUACUGUUAACUGUAAGACACAUUUACAAUUGGAGUGUCACGAUUUUACACAAGACUUUUGUGCAAAAGAAAAAAAAAGGGUUUUGCACAAGACUAAUGAUCAUUUUCAAACCAAGCAUCUUUCGAAAACUUGAAUCAAUCGGGGGAAGCCUAAAACCCUAGAAGAAGAGAAUGUCGGUUGACAGACACGCUUCGACCAACACAGCAUCUCCAGAAGAAAACGGACUGUUCCUUGAUAUAUUGCAUGAGGCUCCAUUAUUUGGUCAUCGAAAGCCUACAAGCAUCAUCGGGAGUAUUUUAUACUGUUUUUUAUUGGCAAGUUAUGCUAUCUUGGCUAUUGGAGCUCCGUGGAUGUUUCAUCCUAUACAAAGUUUAAUUUCACCAAUGCUAUGCAGUUGCGAUGUCGCUCUUUUAUUCGUCACAGGCAUCUUCCAGCAAUACCUGGUCUACCAAGUCCAGAAAAUUCGAUUGCAGGGUUACUACAUUUUCAGUCAGAAGUUGAAGCAUAUUAUCCGAUUACCAUUUGCCACAACUGCCUAUGGAACUGCUGCAAUGCUGCUUGUCAUGGUCUGGAAACCCCAUAUUAGUAUUUUUUCUAUCUCUGCGUUGCUCAGGAUUAUUAUGCUGGUUGAAGUAAUAUUUGCUGGGUUUUUUAUGAGUGUUUACAUAGGUUAUGUGCACCAGUACAAUUCAUUGGAUUCUCAACCUGAUGUUUUGAAGUCACUAUAUUCUCCACUUCAACCAUCAAGUUCGUUGGAAGGAUUGAGGUAUCAUGAUGGUGGUCGGCUCUCUGAUCAGCAAAUGGCGUUGUUGCAGUAUCAGCGGGAAAACCUUCAUUUUCUGAGUGAGGAGAUACUUCGAUUGCAAGAAUGCUUAAGCAAAUACGAACGGUCUAAUGAUGGGAGUACGCCUCAGGUUGAUCUUGCCCACCUUUUAGCUGCGCGUGAUCAGGAACUACGAACACUUUCAGCUGAGAUGAAUCAACUGCAAUCUGAGCUAAGUCUUGCUCGAUCUUUGAUUGCCGAGAGAGACUCUGAGAUCCAGUGCGUUCGCACUACUAACAAUCAGUAUGUUGAAGAGAAUGAAAGGCUGAGGGCUAUACUAGGAGAAUGGAGUACCCGAGCAGCAAAGCUUGAGCGAGCAUUGGAGGUUGAACGGAUGUCAAAUUUGGAACUGCAAAAGAAGAUGUCAAUGACUAAAAAUCAACCAACACCUGAAUCAGCCGAAAUGCCGUAGCAUGGUGGAAUUAGCAGUACUCUGUAAACUGUCACCAUUGGCUCUCUGUAUCAUUCAUUCUCAUGUUCUUUUUCUUCUGUUUUUCAUGGCUGGGACAAGCAAUUUCACAUUCGCACUACAAGAAUAUAUAGUGAAAUGCACAAAUCAAUCAGUUUAUGAAAUUUUUUCUUCUUAGAUGGAA